GCUUAUUACUCACCCCCAUACACCAUUGUAUGCACGUAGACUCUUUAGUAUAAGACUGUGCCUCUCUACUACUCUGCACUCUUUCUCAAAACAACAACAAUAACGACAACCAUCCAGAAGACCCCCAAAAUGCAACCCAGAUACACAAUCCGCCCCGCCAUCCCCCAGGACGCCCCGCACCUCGCGCACAUCAACAUCACCGCCUUCGAACCGACCCCCUUCUGGCGCAACCUCUUCCCCAACCUCGACCGCACCGCCACCUACCCGCUCAAACUCGCCCGCGCGCUCACCAAGCUCGUCGACGGGGAAUCGCACGUCCUCGUCGCCGAGGACCCGGCCACCAGCGAGGUCGUCGGCUACGCGCGCUGGACCGUGCCGGGGCCGGGGCCUUUCGCCCCCCCAAGUAUAGGGGACUUAUCCCCCGAGCACGCACACCUCGUCACCACCUUCCGCCGGGACGGAGACGCCGCCCUCCCCCCGGGCAUUAAUCUAGCCGUCCACCGCCGCUUCUGGGGGGAAUUGGACCGGUUGAAGGAGAAGUAUCUGCGGGAGGGGGAUUUUGUCCUCGAAUUCCUCGCCACGCUCCCCGAAGCGCAAGGCCAAGGCGUGGCGUCGGCCCUGCUGCGGUGGGGGUUGGCGCAGGCGGACGCGCGCAACGCCCGCGUGUACCUCGAGGCCACGGCGGAAGGGUACCCCAUUUACCGGAAGUAUGGGUGGCGGGAUCUCGAGGCGUUGGAGCUGGAUUUCGCGGCGCUGGGCGGGCGCGAGGAGCGGCAGCGGUGGGUGGUGAUGAUGCGUGAGAGGGGGGAGCCACUUGGAGGAGUGGGGGCGGAGGUGAAGAAUUGA